AUGUCGGUCGAGGUCCUCACCACCAUCUCCCCCACCACCAACGAGCCCAUCCUCACGCGCAAUGGCAUCUCCGAGGCCGACCUCCAGCUGCUGCCGAAGACCUCGCUAGAGGCCUUCAAGGCGUGGAGGACGACCAAGCUCGCGGACCGGCAGAUCAUCGUACGCAAGGCCAUCGAGAACCUGGAGAAGAACGUCGACGAGCUUGCGCUCGAGCUCACGGUGCAGAUGGGCCGGCCGAUCGCCUACACCGCCAAGGAGGUCACGACGGCAGUCAAGAGGGCCGAGUACCUGCUCAAGAUCAGUGACGAGGUGCUCAAGGACACGGACGGCGAGGCGGAGAAGGGCUUCAAGAGGUUCAUCCGCAAGGUUCCCGUCGGGCCGGUCCUUAUCAUCUUUGCGUGGAACUACCCCUACCUUAUCCUCGUCAACGCGCUGAUUCCAGCACUCCUCGCCGGCAACACCGUCAUCCUCAAGCCGUCGCCUCAGACCCCGACGGUUGUGGAGCAGGUCGCCAAGGCCUUUGAAGAGGCGGGCCUGCCGAAGGGCGUUCUACAGUACUUCCACUCCGGCUCUCCCACGACAAUUGAGUCCAUCGUCAGGAACCCCGAUAUUGCAUUGGUAUGCUUCACCGGAUCCGUUGCUGGUGGAUUGGCGGUGCAGAGCGCAGCCUCGGACCGCAUCGUCAAUGUCGGUCUCGAGCUCGGAGGCAAGGACCCCGCAUACAUCCGAGACGAUGUGGACAUCGCAUGGGCUGCCGAGGAGAUUGUAGACGGUGCUGUCUUCAACUCGGGCCAGAGCUGCUGCUCGAUCGAGCGGGUCUACGUCGACGAGAAGAUCCACGACAAGUUUGUCGAGGCGGUCCAGAACGUGCUCAAGGCUUACAGGCUGGGCGACCCGUUCGACAAGGCGACGCACGUGGGUCCCGUCAUCUCCAAGAGGUCCAAGGAGACGAUCGAGGGCCACAUCAAGGAUGCGCUGAGCAAGGGCGCCAAGGACGCGACGCCGGACAACGAGACGUUCAACACGCCCCCGACUAAGGGCAACUUUGUCAAGCCUACGCUGUUGACGGGCGUCAGCCACGAGAUGGCCGUCAUGAAGGACGAGACCUUUGGACCGGUCAUUCCUGUGAUGAAGGUCAAGAACGACGAGGAGGCGGUGCGACUCAUGAACGACAGCGAGUUUGGCUUGACGGCGAGCAUCUGGACCAAGGACGUGGAGAAGGCCGCGGAGCUAGCGGACGAUGUCGAGGCCGGCACCGUCUUUGUCAACAGAUGCGACUACCCGAGUCCGGAUCUCGCGUGGACGGGGUGGAAGAACUCGGGCAAGGGGCAGACCCUGAGCAGGUUUGGCUUUGACCAGUUCGUCAAGCUCAAGAGCUACCACCUGAAGGACUACCCCAAAUAG